GUCGGAAGGGCUUGAACAGGUGUGUGCGAAGAUGGCCAAAUUCAAACACACUUCAUGGGAAGUUAUGAUCAACGAGGAAAGAAAUCUUGCGGUGAAUAAGUGGCUCAGCCUAGUCAUGGUCGAGCCCUUGACCUUCGGUGUAGCUAGGAACUUCUACGCCGGCAAGGCAUCGGGGAUCUCUUCGGGAUCACUUGCAGACAGCAUUUCGGAUUGCCUUGCUGCCAAGGCCACUUCGACGAUCAAUGCCAGGGCGAAUUGCUUGUUGCGGUUUGUUUCUUGGGCAAAGGGGAACAUGCCGUUUGUUUUUCCCUUGACCGAGCAUGCUGUCUACGCAUACUUCGAGGAAAGGAAGUCCACAGCAGCGGCAACUUCGUUCAGGAGCCUUCUUUCUUCGGUUGCUUUCGCUCAGCAUGUGGUAGGCCUGGAAGGGUGUGACAAGGUUUACACUUCGGGUCGCGUCCGCGGCCUUGCGUCGAAGCUUUACAUGCAGAAGAGGAAGCUCAGGCAACGGAAUCCUCUGAGGGUCUCCGAUGUCAUUCUUCUUGAAAGGAUUUGUUGCAAGCUUGAAGACAGGUCUUUGCAGGACCGUAUCGCUGCAGGUUUCUUUCUCUUCUUGAUUUAUGCAAGAGCUAGAUACAGUGACGGGCAAAAUGUAGCAUCGCUGACUGAUUCGCCGCUCUACUUGGAGUGCAGUGUGGGCAGGUCCAAGACGAGUUUCACUUUGGAACGCAAGACCAGGUACUUGCCAAUGGCUGCCAGGAAGGUGGGCAUCAAGUGUGCAUGGGCCGAUGCGUGGCUUGAGGCUUUGGCAGAGGCGGGUCUUGCGAUCAAGCCGAACGACCCGUUGCUCCCCUGCCCUUCUUCGAAUGGUUCGUGGAAGAUGAUCCCGCUUCCGUGCGAUCAGGCUUGCUCGUGGCUCAGGAGCCUGCUGGGGAACGCUCAGAGCGAUCCCUACCUUGCAAAUGUAGGAACACAUAGCCUUAAGAGAACCUUGCUGAGCUGGGCAAGCAAGCGUGGUCUGCCCAGAGAACUGAGGGCCCUCUUGGGGUAUCAUACGUCCCGAGCCUCGGGCGCGGGAUCAGAGCUCAUCUAUGAGUCCGACGCCCAGUCGGCUCCGCUCAGGGCUUUGUCAUCUAUGAUCGACGAGGUGUCGUCCGGGGCCUUCAAGCCCGACAAACCAAGGGGGCAGCAGCUUGCUUCCGAGCUGUCGGCGAAUGCCGAUCCCGCGGGCGAUGAGAUCGAGUCGUCAGACUCUGAGGGCUCCGAAGACGAGGAGGAGAUCGACCACUCAGGGGACGAAGCUUGUGUUGCCGAGGCUUUGGACUGGCAUGGGAAGGUCGAUCUUGACAAGAUUGAUCCCUCGUGUGUUUUCUUUCGGCAUCGCCAAUCCAGGGUAGUGCACAUCACUGCCGACGAAGCCGGUGACAACCUAGGCUGCGGUAGGACCAUUUCGGGUCAGUACAGGAAGCUGGAGGUGGGUGUGGAUUCACUCGCAAAGGUCGCUUUCAUGACGAGCUACACGCCGGGCUCUGGCGAUGACAAGGACCUCAUUGCAGCGUUCGAGUCGGCCCUCGGGUUCGAGGUAGUGAGCAAACGCCUUGUGGGCCUUUCGAUCAAGAACCGUCUUGAGCCUGCCGAUAGCCUCGUCGACUCCUUCGUGUCCCAGUAUGAACAGGACAAGCUGCAGUUUGUCCCGUGGGAGAAGCUUGUUUCCAAAGAACAAGAGGCCUCAACAGGGGCAAAGCGAGAGCCUUUCUUCUCGCUGGACAGUACGGGCAAGCUCAGGUCGGAGACGAAGGUUGAGGUCCGUGCCGAUACUAGCACGGAGCUGCUCUUGCAGCUCGCGCUUCAAAGGCGCGGCAUCGCUAUGGAAAUGGCGAACAUCCUUGACUACCAUCGUCACCACAUGUGGGUUGAGCGCCUUCUUGCGGCGCGCCUCGACGCACCUCCGUCGACGCACAUGCAGCCCACACUUGAUCAGUGUCAGCAAGCUGACAGGAAGCUUUGGCAGCUUCUCGGAGAAGCGACUCGCUCAGGCAUCCAGCUCAAAGCUGGGGGGCGUCCAUUGGACGCCAUCUUCGAGGACACAUGGCAGUCACCAGAGGUGCUUCAUCUGCUUCAGCCGAUGCCUCGGGCAGCAGGCGCUUCAGUCACGCAGCAGGUGGCACCGCCGCCGAGGCCGCACGGGCCGGGCCCGUAUGAUCGUCCGGGCAAAGGCCGAAAGGGCACAGGGAAAGGUGCCAAGGGCACCAAAGGCAGCGGGAAAGCGUCCUGGAAUGCAAUCUGUGUGGGCCAGAAUACGCUGUCGGAUUUUCACAGGGAUUCCGGCAACCAACGGGGCACUUCCGAGGCCACGAGUCCCGCAGGCGAGCAGAUCCGGGGUGGGCAACCUUCCGAGUUGCUCCCGUUGGGCUUUCCGUGUGGAUCCGCCGCUGUGACUUCGCAGUCCUCUGGCGCGCAAUCUCCGCCCGAUGCAAAGGUGUCGCCUUCGCAGCAUGAAAAGCCUUUGUUCUUAGAGAUUUGUAGCGGGUCGGCUAUGCUGUCUUAUGUCGCCAAGGAGGCAGGCUACACUGUUGUGCCAAUCGAUUGGCACCACAACAAACAAAGAUCCUGUGUGCACACUCUGCAGCUUGAUCUCCGCCUCGCCAGCACGUGGUCAUUCCUGCGGCGCAUUUGCUCCGAAUACCAUGUCGCUUGGAUCCACAUGGUAGAUCAAGCUCGUGUUGAGAGUGCCAACUCCAUCUACGACAACAUGGAGUCCUUCUGCGACUGGCUGCUUCGAUUCAUGCCUCAUAUCCCGUUCUCCGUUGAGAACCCGUUGCACAGCUACCUUUGGCAAUUCCCGAAGUGGGCCGCAAUGGUCCAACGGCACUCCUUUGUCACAUUUGACUCGUGCCGGCACGGCUCGCAACGCAAGAAGGCCACGGCCCUUCUCACUAAUUCUGACUUCCUGCACUGCCUCUCGGGACCCUGUCCCGGCUGCUCCUCGCAUCUCCCAUGGGGUAAGCAAGGUCGCACCUUUGCAACCGCUGCAGAAACAGGGUAUCCUAAGCUUCUUUGUGAACGGAUAAUCUCAUGUGUGGACAAGUCGGCCACCUUGCGGGGCAUUGCGCCGGACCGACUGACUGUUUCAAAGGUCUCUGCUGCACGCGCCGCUGGUCAGGUGCAGCCAAGAGGGCGCAAGUUCCCACCGAUCAUUUCCGAAUUUGCUUAUACCGUUUCUGUUGGCAGCGCGGCAGCCCCCACUCUCAAUUCCAAAGAAUGCUUGUCAUCUGCAUGGCACGGCGUCCCUGCAGGUUCAAAGCUCCUCCGGGAGUCAGUGGAGAGGGGAGGUUCGCGACUCCCUGAGGGCAACAAGUUCUACGUGUUCGGAGUGUAUCGAUCCAUGCAGGCUUUCUUGAACGAAGCAAAGCUAGUCGUGCACCCGUUUGAUUCCGCCAGGUCGCUCCCGGAUGAACUUUUGCGAGUCUUGUUCGACACACUCACUAAGGGUCCGGUCGACACGAUGAGACAUCGCCUUCUUAAGCUGCAGCACUGGCGUGCCCUUGCCAAACAGCUUGAGCCCGAAGAAGAGAAAAUCAGGUCAGCCAUGGAUCCGUGUGUGAGGAGGGUCCUCGGCAACAAGCGUAUAGCGCUCAUGAAGAGCGUUGCCGCAGAAUUGUCGUGGCCUGACACCACUCUCUUCGAUGACCUUGCAGCCGGUUUUAAAUUAACAGGGUACUUAGGUCGCACGGGGGUCUUUGCUAGUGACGUUAAGCCUGCCACGAUGGACCUUGAUGAAUUUUGGUCGAGCGCCCCGCUUCGCAGGGAAACUCUUCUUGAAAAGGUCAAGGGCCAAAAGGACCAUGACUAUGCCGAGGAGCUCUGGAACAUGACGCUUGAAGAGUCCGAUAAGUCUGGGAAGAGCUGGCUUGACGGCCCGUUCGAUGUCGACUCUCUGGGGAGCAUGUUCCCCGACGGUUGGAACGCCUGCCGGCGUUUUGCAGUAUGGCAGGGCAAAUGGCGUGCCAUCGAUGA